ACAAAUGACUCAUACAACAUAUUAUUGACUGAGGUUUGGGUCAUACUAUGGUAUGUUGGGGAAGGAUAGGCAACUGGAUAUUGUUGUUAGGGGUGGUGCUUGUAGGUGUGGCUGAUAUUGACUACUUAUUUCAGUGCAUGUUAAUUUUUCAUCUAUGAAUGAGACUGCUUUAUGGAAAGAGUCACCAUGACAAUUCCACUACUGAUGUUUGUUUUGCUGACUCUACCCUGCUACAAUGCUCACGGGCAAGUCAAUCCUUUUGGAAUUCCAGUCUCUGCCCAUGCUGGGAAGUUCUACGACACGUCUCCCAAAGACCACCUCUGCUGCAAGGGGAAAUAUGACGUUCUAGAUUACACUUGCUGUGAAAAAGUACUACAUGAAGGGGUGGGGCUGUCCUGCUGUGGAAACAGGGCCUUCAACAUCUUCCGGGCUUCCUGUUGUGAAGGUCAGCUGACUCUGAAUGUGAGCCAGCUGGUGUCAGAUUGCUGUGGGUGUCGGGCCUAUGACCCACUCAACCAGCUCUGCUGUGACUCUCAGAUCCUAACCAGGACCCAACCCCAUUCCAAGUGUUGUGGGAAAGACCUUUAUGAUGAACACCAGCUUUGCUGUGGAAAUGUCCAAGGAAGGAAGGUCCUGACCAAAAGGUCUAGUCACCACCGGUGCUGUGGAGACCACCAGUUUGACCAGCGAAGCCACUGCUGCUGUUUUGAUUCGGAACCACUAUCUCCAGAGCCUCUCAAUGCAAGCUGCUGUGCAUCAUCAGGGUUUAAUGUUUUUCAGCACAGAGCAAUUGCUCAGAAUUCUCCAAACUGUAUGCCUGGGAAGAAGCCUUGUGGUCUAGGUGCCUGUUUCAACCCAACAACAGAGCGUUGCUGUGUGAACCCUAGCUCUCACCAGGGUCAAAGUUACUCUCAUGACCAGGCCCGCUGUGAUGGAACACUCAGCCACACCCCAUGUCACUACCAUGGUGCUAGCUGUGGCUCUCAGGUUUACAAUCCAAACAUCAACAUCUGCUGUGCCGGGAAGCUGUCCAAUAGGGUGCUUGGAAAAAACCUGUGCUGCGGUACAACUCCGUAUGGUGUAGAGGACCGAGGGGUGCUGUGCUGUAACCAGACCUUGCACCUUGCGGUGGCGGAUGGGUACCAGUGCUCCCCAGGUGGCCACUUGUAUCUGCCAUCCCGUGACAUGGUGUGUGGCUCACGUGUUCAUCUCAACGAUCCAGGCAAACACUGCUGUGGGGAGGAGACAUAUGACCCUCAGUAUGAAAUCUGCUGCAACGGACACACACACCACAGGUUGGGAAACAUGUCCUGCUGUGGAAGGAAGGUCUACAACCAGAGCAGCGGCCAGAUGAAGUGYUGUGCAGGGACUCUGUACAACCUGCAGGCUCAGGGCAGGCUCACAGAGGACACCCAGUGCUGUGGGAGUGUUCUGAUGGAGGCCGGCUCCACCCAGACCUGUUGCACCGCCCCGGGGCUAGACCUGCUCUACCCUACCCAGCAAGGGUUCACCUGCUGUGGGCACCGCUAUCCCAAUGCCUCCCUGUGGUCUUGCUGCGCCGGGGUCCUGCAUCCAAGGCCUGAACCACACAACASCACCAAGAAUGUGAUUCCAGGUCAGUGGGAACAGGAUACAACCGAUCUAUGA